UUCCUACAUUUUCCACUCACCAUCACAUUCUACUCUCCCCUCUCUCUCUCUCUCUCUCUCUCUCUCUCUUAACCCUAAACACUCUCUCUCUCAUAUCUGUAUCUAACCUGCAACCACCGGAGAGAAAAACCCUGGCCAUGAAAAUACCAGAUGAAACCGAAGAAACCCCGCUCAACCACACAACCCACCUCCUCCAAGCCCUCCUCGACGCCACCCCCCGCGCCCACCACUUCAAAUCCAAAUGGUCCUCCAUCGCCGCCAAGCUCACCUCUCUCUCCUCCCACCUCUCCUCUCUCUCCUCCCCCAACACCCCCACCCCAACCAACCCUCUCUCUCUAGACCUCCUCCGCUCCCUCUCCCUCACCCUCUCCUCCGCCCUCUCCCUCCUCACCCCCUGCCUCUCCCCCUCCCCACUCCCCAGCGGCAAGCUCAAGACCCAGAACGACGUCGACUCCAUCUCCGCCCGCCUCGACCGCCACCUCAACGACCUCCACGUCUUGCUUAAAUCCGGCGUCCUUCACGACGACGCCGUUUCCGUCUCCCCGUCCUCCAAGCGCGACUCCACACGCGCCGAGGCCAGGAACUUGAUCACUCGGCUCCAGAUCGGCACCGUCGAAUCCAAAAACUCGGCGAUGGACUCGCUCCUAACCCUCCUCCAAGAGGACGACAAAAACGUCCUAAUCGCCGUGGCGCAGGGGGUCGUUCCCGUGCUCGUUCGCCUACUGGAUUGCAGCUCCUCCUUCGAGGUCAAGGAAAAAACCGUCAACGCCAUCUCUAGGGUUUCCGCCGUCGAUUCGAGCAAACACGUCUUAAUCGCCGAGGGUUUGGUACUUCUAAACAACCUUCUUAGAGUAGUUGAAUCGGGAAGCGGUGUGGCGAGGGAAAAAGCCUGUAUUGCCCUCAAGGCCCUGACCCACUCGAGGGAGAACGCGAGGGCAAUUGGGUCAAGAGGGGGGAUUUCGUCUCUGCUGGCGAUUUGCGAGGCCGGCACGCCGAGCUCGCAGGCCGCAGCGGCCAGGGUCUUGCGCGAUUUAUCUUUGUUUGAGGAAGUGAAAGAGAAUUUUAUAGAGGAAAAUGCUCUUCGAAUACUUCUUACGUUGCUUGCUUCGGGGACUAGUUUGGCGCAGGAGAAUGCGAUUGGGUGUUUGUGUAAUUUGGUGAAGGAUGAUUUUCAGUUGAAGUUGUUGGUUGCCAGAGAAGGUGGGAUAGAUAGUUUGAAAAGUUACUGGGAUUCUGUUUCUAAUGUGAAAAGUCUCGAGGUGGCAGUCGAGCUGGUGAGGCAUUUAGCUACUUUGAAUCCAAUUUGUGAGAUUCUAGUGUCUAACGGGUUCUUGAAUAGGGUUGUGUCCGUUUUGAGUUGCGGGGUUUUGGGAGUGAGGAUUUCGGCUGCCAAAGCGGUUUACGAAUUGGGUUUUAAUACGAAAACCCGAAAGGAGUUGGGGGAAUUGGGGUGCAUUGCGCCGCUGGUUAGGAUGAUGGAAGGGAAAGUGGGGGAGGAGAGAGAAUCGGCUGUGAAGGCGCUGUCGAAUCUGAUGGGUUUUGCUGGGAAUCGAAGCGUUUUUAGGAAAGAAGAGAGGGGGAUUGUUGUUGCAGUGCAGCUUUUGGAUCCUUUGACGAGAAAUUUGGAUAGGAAAUACCCUGUUUCUCUGUUGGCCUCACUUGUUCAUUCCAAGAAGUGCCGGAAACAGAUGAUCGCGGCUGGUGCUUGUGGCUUCUUGCAAAAACUCGUUGAGAUGGAUGUGGAGGGGGCUAAGAAGCUGCUGGAAAGCCUUGGAAAGGGAAAGAUUUGGGGCGUUUUUGCAAGACCAUAGAAGAUUGGGGGUCGCCGACAAAUUAUUUGAUCUGUAUGUAUACUAGAUUGUGCUUUUUUGGUUUGCUUUCUCCUGGUUAGUUAAUUUGUUCAUAUUUGCUCUUAGGAUUCGUGGUAGAAGAGUACAUGUUGAUUAGUCUAAUUGCUGGUGAGAGCUUCUGUUUAGAGGUGUAAUCUCCGUUUGGUGAGCUAACUUGGUUGGAUUUUGUGCUUUUCUGCCAGAGUCAAUAAAUUAGUAAUAAGGAUGUAUUUUCUUUAGCUCACACAUUGUACAUUCAGUUGUGCUGUUUAUGGAGUGCUCCUGCUUCUUGUAUACGAUCAUCAUUAUAGCUUUUGUUUGGCUUGA